UGAAGGACGCUGACGGGGUCCUGUCCCGCUACAAGAAGAUCCUGACGACGUUCCAGCGCCUCAAGAGCAUGAGCCGCGCGUUCGCUCACCACCGCGUGGACCGCAACACGGUGGCUCUGACCACCCCCAUCGCGGAGCUGCUGCUCGUGGCCCCCGAGAAGCUGUCGGAGGUGGGCGAGUUCGACCCCUCCAAGGAGCGGCUCCUCGAGUACUCGCGCCGCUGCUUCCUCGCCCUCGACCCCGACACGCUCCAGAAGGUGCAGGCCCUCAAGAAGAGCAAACUGCUGCUGCCCAUCACCUACCGCUUCAAGCGGUGA